AUGCAGUCGAUACUUCCGUACACACUCAACCCACAGCGUAUGACAGGCUGUGAGAAAAUGAAGAUUCUGAAUCCUCACUCUGCUGGUUUGACGGGCCCCACAGUGGUCCUGCGGGAUCCAAAUCUCGUCAGCGGCGGGCUGUUGCAUAACUGGGAUGCCAACGCCGCCUCAGCACUGCUUUCCACGUCAGCGGCAGUGCACACAUGGGACUUGUCAUGGACGGAGAAGGAGGAAUACUGGGAAAAUAAUGUGGCCCGAUGCACCGGGCCUGAAGAGGUGGAGGACCUUCUCCCCGCGAAGUGGAUCGGCUACAACAUGAACAGCGAUGUGGACGAGACGCUGGCCCUGGUGUGCAAACUCUGUACUGCGUUAGUGGACAAGUUUGUGUCGCUAUCGCAUGGAGACAACGCCAACGUUUCCACAGCGAAGUGGCGUCAGCGGCAGAUGUUGUAUGAUCGUCUUGGAGCUGUCAUGGAAUUACUAGAAGCCUCCAUUGGUGAGGCGAUCCCUAUUCUACGUCUUCGCGACCCCGAGUUUGUACGUGAGUGUUGGGGCCAGCUGCAGGACGAGGAGCGGAUGGGGAUCAUGUCCGCUCUAAGUGUGAGCGAGGGGAAGGAGCCAUCUGGACGUUGA